AUGACAAUUCCACAAAGAGCACUUAAAUUCAGCGAAAAUUCUUGAGAGAAUCUAUGCAAAAUUACCCAAUAUAAAGAAAGAGUUACUACUUACGAUAGAUUAAGCGAAUUUUAUCAGAAUAAAGAAUUACCCACUUAUUUCCAAGUUUAUAACAUUAGCACGAAAAAGGAAAUAUAUGAUGUCAGCUUAUUGCCAGUCAGUUUAGAUGAUUCAACAAGUUUUGUAUAG